UCAUCCUCUUCCACGCCCUAACCGCAAAGCCAAUACCAAAACGCUCCAAUUCCCUCUAGAUCGUUCCCUCGUUGUGAAUGGUAGAAACCUCGUCCUCCUUCGGUUUCAUGCGCUCCCUUUCCCCAUCAAGGGCGAGCGCUCCCUCCCAUUCCUUCCUCUUCGCCUCCUGCAAACAAGGCUGGUACUACCGCUGCCUCGGCGUCGACCCCUAAAUUCCAACACAUCCAAUCGAAUUCCCAAUUUUAACAGAAACACAACCCUCACCAGCUUCCUUUUUCAGAUCUCGAAAUUUCGGAUCCUUCUUUGUCGUCUACUUUCUUUUUUUGUUUGUUUGUUGUGUUUGGGGCACGAUGUUGUUGUCCAAGCAGAAGAAGAACCAGAACCCGAACGUGAGGAGGUUCCUCAUCAGCAUCAACGUGCUGGGGAGUGCAGGGCCCCUUCGCUUCGUCGUCAACGAGGAGGAGCUCGUCGCUGCGGUCAUUGAGACCGCGCUCAAGAGUUACGCCCGGGAGGGGCGCCUUCCUCUGCUUGGGACCGACAACGCUGGAUUCUCUCUCUAUUGCCCUCAUCUUGGGCCUGAUGCUCUGAGUCCGUGGGAUACAAUUGGAUCACAUGGAGCGAGGAAUUUCACGCUUUGCAAGAAGGCGGAGAAUGCGAAGGAGACAGCAGUUGAUGACGGAAGAGGGCCGACUGCCGGACUUCCACGGAGGGGAAGUGGCACCUUGAGGUCUUGGCUCAACAGGUCCCUCAACCUUAAGAUCUAUUCCCAUUAAUUAAUUCAAUCAAAUUCAAGUUCAAGUUGGGGACAAUUUUUGUAAUGUUUUUUUCAUCAUCGUCGUGAUCAUUAUUAUUAUUAUUAUUUUUGUUCUUUUUGUAUUUCGACAUAUGAUAUUAUGUCUCACCUUUGAUAUGUUACUGUCAUUGGUAACCAUAGCCUGAUGCACUUUUAAAACUAUUGCAUCAAUAAAGUUGUUUUUAUUUUUUGGUUGA